AUGGUUAUUAUCAAAGUUCGUGAGCGCGAGGGGUCGAUGGACGGCAGGGAUGGCCAGCGCCAGGAGGAGGCGAGCGGAGGCGCCGCCGGCGGGAGUGGGAGUAACGCCGCAAUACCGGUGCGAUUGUCGCUGAAGGAGAGGUUCAUGAAAAUGAUUUACUCUAAGGAAGAAUUUGAAGCCUAUAUGAUCGCCAAGAGUCGCAAACGGCAGCAAAAAGAGACCACAAAGUGAUCCUUAUGAUAGUCAUGUGGUCAUCCUAUUCUUGUAGAUAUACCUCAAACUCUCCCUAAACUUAUUUUGUGUUUAAUUUAUUAAUUAUUUGUGUGUUUUUUGAAUUCAAUUAUC